UCUCUUGCCUCUCUCCUGCUUCUUCUGCUUCUGUUUCUCUUGGUGACUAUCCCAGUACUCCUCCCAUGGCCCACAGAAGUAAACAAGACAGCUUACAAUAAUGUAACAACUGCAGGUGCCCCAUGAGGCAGGACAAUCCUAAUGGUGGGAGGGCAGAAAAGCCUGAAAACCAUUUACCCUACACAUACCCUCUUUCAGAGUCCUCCACCCUGUAAGCCUCUGGACCAUUUUCAAUACUAAGUAUCUAAUUGGUAAUGGCUAGCACCAAUUGGCUUACUUCCAUUUUCAAUAUGAGUAAUUAACUCACUGCCAUAAAUAAAACUGAGCUCAAACCUGAUUGGUCCACUUAUGAUCCAGGUGUCAAAUAUAAAAGUGAAAAAGCCCAGUGCCUGCACAGACUUGACCUGCCCUGAGGUCAGGGCAGGUUCAUGCUGGUGGGCUCAGAGCAGCUGCCAGAUGCUGGUCUCAGUGGGGCCAGAGCACAGUGCACCCCGUGCCCCUUCAAUGGAUGUGGUCUAACAAUGCUAAGGUGUGGGUGGAGGAGGAGGGGAGUCUGCAAUAGCACUGGGACAUGCAACUCAGCCACAGCAGGGCAGGUUCUGCUGGAGCCCACCAUGUUGGCCCAGUGCUGCCUCAGUAGGGGCCUAACACUCCUCCCAGUGGCCCCAGCCAGGAGCCACAGGGCUUGGGGAUUUGCCUCAGCUGCCGUGGUUUGCUCUGUAGAAGGGGGGAAUGUGCACUGCAGCCCCAAUGGGGCUACAUACCCUGGGGCAGUGUGGCAGGGAAACCACUGCCACCACGCUCUGCUGCCAUCUGCCUGAUCCCCAGUUGGGCCACUUAAACUGAGUGCAGCUGCCUCAGCACACCUACCUGCUGCUUUCAAAGCUGCCUGAGCCUGUCCACUCCACAUGCACUGGGGUGGUGGGGAGGUGCUCCUAGGCAGAGGUCUGAGGCAGCUUGCCUGCCCCUAGCUGGCCAGGGAAAAGCCAGCCAUGCCCUGGGGCUUCGCACUCUGGGGAUCUGAUUUUAUAACUACACAUAAGAAGAAAUUUCCCCCAUAAAGGACGCAAAACACCAUGACCAGUUACAGUUAGGUAUCAUUACUUAACUGUAAAAGACUGAAUACUUUCUCCUUGAGAUCUUGAAUAAGUCUGGGACAUCACCUGCUGUCACCACUCACUCAACAUGGCAAUAGAAGUCCACUACAAUAGGCAAAAAAGGAAAUAAAUGGCAUCCAGAUUGGAAAGGAAGAAACACAGCAGUUGCUAUUUAUAGAAACAUGAUUUUCUAAAUAGAAAAUUGCAUGGAAUCCUUAAACUCUUGAACAAGUGAAUUCCUCAUAGAUACAGGAUAAAGCAAAAUCUCAAUCAGUGUUAUUUCUAUAUAACAACACUUAACACGCUGAAACUGAAAUAAUGAAAUACUUAAGCAUAAAUUUAACAAAAAAUAUGUAUACGGGACCUUUAUACUGAAUAACUUAGAGGAUUUACCAAAUAAAGAAAAACUAAAUAAGAGAAAUUUUGUGUUUCAUUAGUUGGAAGACUUAUUAACACAGUAAACCUGUCAAUUUUCCUUAAUUUGAUAUAUCAGUUUAACACAACUUGUAUCAAAUUUCUAGCAGAUUUUUUGUACCUACUGGCAAACCUUCUAUAAAAUUUAUGUGGAAAGGCAAAGGAAAUAGACUAUCAAGUAAUUUUGAGUAAGAAGAGCAACAUAGGAAUAAUCGUGCUACUUGAAUUUUAGAACAUAUAAAUCAAGGUCAGAGACCAUUUAUAAAAUGAGUGACUUUGAAGAUGAUGAUAUGCCCCAGCUUUCUGCCCAUACCCUCGCAGCUCUCCAGGAAUUUUAUGCUGAGCAGAAGCAACACACGGACACAGGUGGGGAUGAGAAAUAUAACAUUGGAGUCAUAGAAGAGAAUUGGCAGCUGAGCCAGUUCUGGUACAGUCAGGAAACUGCUCUUCGACUCGCAAAGGAAGCUGUCACAGCUGCUGGAGAAGGUGGCAGAAUUGCAUGCGUGAGCGCCCCCAGUGUUUACCAGAAACUGAGAGAGCUGCAUAGAGAUGACUUUUCUAUAUACAUCUUUGAAUAUGACAGAAGAUUUGCCAUAUAUGAAGAGGAGUUUAUCUUCUAUGAUUAUAAUAAUCCAUUGGAUUUACCUGAAAAAAUUGCCUCACAUAGUUUUGACAUCGUCAUAGCAGAUCCCCCCUAUCUUUCUGAGGAAUGCCUCAGAAAAACAUCAGAAACCAUUAAGUAUCUGACACGGGGCAAGAUUCUGCUGUGUACAGGUGCAGUCAUGGGAGAAGAGGCCGCAAAGCUCCUUGGCGUGAAGAUGUGCAAGUUUAUUCCAAAACAUGCACGAACCUUGGCAAAUGAGUUUCGCUGCUAUGUGAAUUAUGAAUCCGGGCUAGAUCAUGAUGUUUAGGUGCAGACAGGAAUGUAAGACAGUAGAAGGCCCUUUGUGAUGUUCCCCUCUGGUUAUUUUCUUGGUAGAAUCACACGUUAUACUCUCCCCUACCCCAGGACUGGGGCUCUCCUUGGUCCAAUUUCCAAAAUAAAGAAUAUCGUUUCUCCUGAUGAUUUCCGUAUUGACAGCUUCUCUAGAGCAUCUGCUAACUUGAGUCCAUGGAAUUAUAGGUGGUCGACAUCUUAGAACCCCCCCCCCAGCUCUUCUCCUCACAGGCCAUGGGUAAGAAGCAGAAAUAUAAACAUGUCAGUGACUUGGCCAAGACUGAACUAGACAAACCUUGAGCUCUCCAUCAGGCUGCACGCCCCUUAAAAGGGGCUGCCUCUGAUGCAGCCCAGCAGUUGUAGGUCUUGUGAUGGGGCUCCUCCUCUGCCCCGGGCCCCUCAAGGAGACACAACUUGCCUUCAUGAAGUAAGUUGAUAACCCCACGAAGUGCAGUCUGGGGGCCUCCCGGACCUCUUUCAACUCCCCAGUGCUGGAGGCCCCGCAGGAGCAUGGCCUAGGUCUGCUGUGCCUACCUCAGCCACAACUCCUCUGCUGAGGGAUAUGCCAUGCUCCCAGCACCCGAGAAAAUAAAAGUGCUUUCUGCAAGCCAGAUAUCACGGCAAAAAAUCAUGCUAGACUUUAUUUUUGUUCAAAAAAUACUCUCAGGCUUCCACACCACAGAACACUGCUCAGUAGCUAAAUCAUUGAUCCUGGCAACUUGAAUAAGUUUUCAGGGUAUCUGCUGAGUAGUCAGUUCCCCAAGGUCACCUGCUGUGCCAUUCCCUAUCUGUGACGACACCCUGGGAUGGAGAACAGAUGAGGGGCGGCGAAGUUAGCAUGGGGUGGGGUGGGUUUGGCCAUAAAAGGGAGAGCUCUGUGCUGCUAGGACGAUUGUGUCGUCACCGGCAGGCCGGCAAGCGCAGGGUUGUCCGCAUUCCAGGGUGAGACAGACAGGCUGCACCGGCGCCCUGCGUGAGGUCGGCGUGGUGACAUCGUGUCAUCCUUAUUAAGUGAGAUGUCACCGCUUGGGGAACAGGGUGAAGGAUACAGAAGACUUCGGUAGUGUUUUUGUGAUUUCCUGUUUAUCUGCAAUCACUUCAAAAUAAAUACUUUAACUCCUUUCUCUGGGAAACCAUGUUGCUUCCUACCUCAUGGGACUUGCUUGAGCUGACAAGACAUGAAAGAUCUUUAUUCUUGCUCAGACACAGUGACCAGCACUAUUCCAGAUGGAAGCUGCACUGGCUGCGGGGUCCAAGCAGAGCAGGGCCACAGGGACCCCAGUGGCCAGAGGGCUAGUGGCCCAUGGGCCUUUGAGGGGAAGUGAGAGACCCUAGGUUGUCACCACAGCAAACCCCGUCUGUCCUGAGGUCCCCCCAACUGGACAGUGCUCAGGGGUUGUGGGGAAUUGCUCAUGUCUGUUAUUUCAUGACCUCGGUUGUCAUAUUUUAGGAA